UUUCGUAUUGAACCCGCGCUCCACUCACCCACAACCGCACCCACUCUCUCUGCCUCGCCUCGCCGCCCCUCACCGCUCCCUCGCCUCGCUGCCCCUCACCGCUCCCUCGCCUCGCCGUCCCCCUUGCCUCGCCGCUCCCUCACUGCUCCCUGGCCUCGCCGCCCUUCGCCGCUCCUCGCUGCCCCCUCGCCUGGCCGCAGCACCUUCCCUCCCCUCCACCUUGCUGUAAAGGUUCGACCUUUCGGUCCAAACGACGACGAAUUCGCCGGAUCCGGCGUCGGAGAGGCUCGAUCCGGUGGCUGCGAGGCCGGAUGCGCAGGAUCUGGACGGCGACCAGCACAAGAUGGUGCCUGCACCAGCGCAGGCGCUCAUCGUCGUGGUGGCCCUCGGAUGGAUGGAUGGAUGGAUGGCAGAGACCUGACCUGACCUCUGCGCCAGCUGAAGCAACCUGAUAAAUGAAGCACGAGGCCAAGCCCGCGUCCAUAUCCCGCCUUGGCUCCAAGCGUCCAUCACAGGUACUCCAUCCUCCUCUUGUGGAGGAGUCAAGUUUAGAUCUGCCAUAUCCAUGUCGAUGAAUCGAUCCUCCUCUUGAUUUUCAGGCAUUUUAGCCGAGAAGAACGUAAGGCUCUUCUCCUAUACGCAGUUGAAUCAGCAACUUACAACUUCAACAACAACAAUAAAGUCGGCCGAGGUGGAUUCGGGACACUAUAUAAGGUCAUAUAGAACCAAUCCCAGUUGUCCUGCAGGCUAUCAUCGACUACCUUGUUCUUUGAUCAAGUUUCUGCCGGACGAGGAGCUCGGCGAGUCGCGGGAUGAGGAGCUCGGCGAGGCUCCGGACGAGGAAAUUGGUGAGGCACUGCAGCUCGGCCUAGGUGCUGGUCAAGGAGCUCCGCGAGGCACCGGAGGUCGACUAGGUGCUGGUCGAGGAGCUGCAGCUCGGCUAGUCACGCUGGUCAAGGAGCUCCGCGAGGCGCUGGGCUCGGCCAGGCACUGGUCCAGGAGCUUGGCGAGGCGACGCGUCUAGAGCAGAGGGACGGAAGCAGGCCGACGGCGAGGGGCCUGGGGCAGGAGCUCCGCCGGUGGCUGCGGCGGGCCUGGAGCAGGAGCUUUGACGGGCAGCGGCGGAGGGCCUCCAGCAGGAGCUCCGGCGGCCGGCAGCGGAAAGCCUGGAGCAGGAGAUCUGCACCACAAAGCUGACGAGAGGAUUGAGAUCGUGGGUGGAUCGCGGGCAGGUGCGGAGAUCAUGGGGAGGUGGGAUUGUGGGCAGGUGCGGAGAUCACGGGGAGGUGGGAUCGUGGGCAGGUGAGGAGAUCAUGGCGAGCUGGAAUCGCGGGCAAGAGCUGGGAUCACGGCACGGGAAAGGGGAUCGCGGGGAUCACGACACUGCUAUAUUUCGGGACGGGGGGAGUACAUUGCAGUCUGUUAGCAAGGAGCGUCAAGAGUUCCUGAGCCUUGUCAACAAGGAGAUAAAACCAUAUAACUCCAUGCUUGAAAGAGAAUACACAGAGGGGGCAGAAGAAGCUAAGAAGGCAUAUACGGCUGCUAGAGAGGAGUCAGACGACACCACCGAGGUUGCUUCAGAGGAAAAAGUGUCGUCAGCACUGGUUGACAAGGUUGAUGCUAUGCUUCAGGAAUUAGAAGGAGAAUGAUGAUGUGGAUGCACAAAUCGGAAACCACUGGCAACUGCUUGAUAGGGACCUGUUUGUUUGUUUCAGGGAGGGAGCUGGAGCUGGAGCUGCAUCUGCAUGCCAAGGAGCUGGGAGACAGACUGAGAAGAGUGAGCAGGUCCUGACCGUUGGAUGGAUUCCCAACGAGACGGACGCACCAGGAUGGGAAUCCAACGGUCGACGGGUCAAAAGAUGCGAGAUGGCUUCCUUCCCGAGCCACAACACCAGAAGCCUCCUCCUUCUCCCAGAGGAAGAAGGAGGAGGCACUACCAUAGCCUCCUCUUCCUUCUGGCCUCCAUAGCCUGCGGAAGCCAGAAGCCACCAGAAGCCACCAGAAGCCUCCUCCUUCUCCCAGAAGCCACCAGAAGCCACCUGCCUUCCGCAGCAAGUCUCCCAGCGCGCCCGCCCUCGCCCUCGCUGACGGGUGGGGCCGCGAAGCACAAGCUCCCGCCGGCGAUGGGACGAAGCGGGCUGCCCUCGCUGACGUGUGGGGCCACGAGGCACAAGCUACCUCCCGCCGGCGAUGGGAGGAAUCGGGAUGACAGGGUCGACAUGGCGGCUGUGCUUAGAGGUGCGCGCGCUGGGCGCGGCCGUGGCCGCGGCCAGGGGAGGCGGAGGGCACCAGCGGAGGAGCUGCAGCCCGUACCACAGGUCCAGGAUCGGGUCACUCCCGUCCACCACCAAUGGUCGUUAUGGUGUGACGGGAACCAAAAUACCAUCAAGCUGGUCGACAAUGACGAGUUGAAGGCUUAUCGCAGACUUGAAGAGUCAGCCUGCAUUGACCGACUGGAACUCGACAUUUUCGCUAUACCUGACGAACUCCUUGGGCAGCAACCUCAUAUCGUCAGGAUGCUCUACGACUUGGUUGACUACUACAACAACAUGAUGAGAAUCCGUCGCAAGUACCUUGUGAAGAAGCUUGAUGGGUGUUGGUCUAAUAAGGAAAUGGAGCAGAUGCUCAAGACGCAUGACAAGUACCUGGAGCGAGUCGACGAGAAGCUCGAUGCCAUUGCAGAUGCUGAAGGGAACUGCCCACCCAGGCCAAAGGUCUUUGAUGCUCUCCCAAAACUACACAAGUGAUUCACGAUGCUUUCUGUGCAUAAGAAUGAAGGUGCUGUUGUGAAGUCCAGCCCCGGAAGAAUACCCUGUACAUUUGCAAAGUCCUGUCUGCAUGGAGCCAUUGCUCCAAAGUGCGGUUGCAUAGCUCCAGAAUCCAGUUGCACAGUUUACUAGAACCCUGCCUGUUUCUGUAGACAUUGUGUUGAGAUAGCCUUGCUGAGCUUCUGAGAUGUUAUAACUCUAGUGUUAUUCGUAACAAUACGUCAUACAUAGAGCCAUUGCUCCAAAGUGCGGUUGCAUAGCUCCAGAAUCCAGUUGCACAGUUUACUAGAACCCUGCCUGUUUCUGUAGACAUUGUGUUGAGAUAGCCUUGCUGAGCUUCUGAGAUGUUAUAACUCUAGUGUUAUUCGUAACAAUACGUCAUACAUAGAGCCAUUGCUCCAAAGUGCGGUUGCAUAGCUCCAGAAUCCAGUUGCACAGUUUACUAGAACCCUGCCUGUUUCUGUAGACAUUGUGUUGAGAUAGCCUUGCUGAGCUUCUGAGAUGUUAUAACUCUAGUGUUAUUCGUAACAAUACGUCAUACAUAGAGCCAUUGCUCCAAAGUGCGGUUGCAUAGCUCCAGAAUCCAGUUGCACAGUUUACUAGAACCCUGCCUGUUUCUGUAGACAUUGUGUUGAGAUAGCCUUGCUGAGCUUCUGAGAUGUUA